AUGAAGCUUUUCGUCUUAUUCGCGUUUCUUGCUGUGCUGGUCACCGUAGCGUCAGCGAAGGAAGACCAUGAAAUAUUUGAUCUAGUCACCGCUCUUGAAGCAGCUGAGGGCAAGGGCACCACGUUCUACUCUUGGCUCGAUGUGCCUCAAACGGCAACCCUUACCCAGAUCAAUAAGGCGUACCGGAAGAAAAGCAUGCAACUCCAUCCAGAUAAAAAUCCUGGCGUGAAGGGCAUCCAUGAAAGGUUUGCGCGUCUGGGAAUUAUUGCGACUAUUUUGAAAAACACUGAAGGACGCAAGCGGUAUGACUUCUUCUACAAAAAUGGUGUACCGAAAUGGAGAGGCACAGGCUAUUACUAUGCACGGUUCAGACCAGGUCUAGGGACCGUCCUGGUAUUCCUUACCGUCCUCACGUCUGGGCUUCAAUAUCUCGUGCAGACAAUGAAUUACAAACGGGACCUGCGGCGCGUUGAGCAAACAAUACGGGACGCCAGACUUGCGGCUUGGGGCCCGAAGAUGGAGCCACUGCAAGGAAAACGGAAGGUUAAGGUCAACCUUGGAGGUGGCCCUCGUCAAGACGGGGGUGGCAAUGUUAUUCCCGGGAAAAUGCUUGAUAUGGUCGUAGAACAAGGCGAUGUAUACAUUUUAGAUCCCUCGGGCACUAUGCAUCUUCUGGAUACAAGUUCGGCGACUCCGGCGGCCAUUUCAAGAACGUGGUUCAUUGAGCUAUUGAUCCGUGGUAUUCGGAAAUACUUCCCCUCCGCAACACAAUCCCAAGAGGAGGUAGAUAACCAGCAAAGUGCCCCCAUGGGCACUGAUGAUGGACCUGAUUCUCAUGCGAGUGAAACUGUCACGCAUAGUGGAGCAAGCGAGGGUGAAGAAAUUUUGCAGGGAGGGCACGCUGCGGCAGUGAAGGCGGGUGGGAGAAGAAGAAAGGCAACGAAGAAGCGGUAAUGCAUGACCUGUUUUUCAGGACGUGAUGUGGGGAUUUAGAGUUGUGGUACGUUGUGGUUUACGGUACUAGUAUCGCUAAUUACAGAGUAGACGGAUGCUUUUGAUUUGACCCCGUGGUCAAAGAAGGUCAUGUGGUUGUCCCGCCUGACAUCCUUUGACAUGUAGUUACUGGCGCAGUGCUUCAUUGGCAUUAAUGCCGCUGUCCUUGUUGUUCGUAACCACAUGGCAUUCAAGACACUAGGGUUAGGGUUAGGACUUUGUAAUUAGAGACUGGGCGACAGCGAUUGAUUCCACGACAUUUAUCCACC